GCAGACCUGGCGGGAGGCUGGGGCCGGACCCCGGGCUGCCAUGUUCUCCCUGCCGGCCCUCCCCUCCUGGCUCCCCGGCCUCCCCUCCCUUGAGUGGGGCUCCGGCCUCCUCGACUGCCUCCUGCGAGGCCUCGUCGGGGCUUGCGGAGUCUCUGUCCUGAGCAACCUCCUGCGGGUUUACUUCUUCGUGGGCUGUGCCAAUGACCCCGAGUGGCGGCUUCAGACGGAGCGGCUGCGGGCCCAGUGGUCCUUGCUGGAGACGCUGCACCUGGCAGGGCUGGCCCUGCUCCUGGCUGUCGUGGGGGUCCGGGUGGCCGCCCUGGUGGUGCUCGAGUUCUCCCUGCGGGCUGUGUCCAUGCUGCUGACCCUGAGCAAGGGCUCCCAGGACACCCAGGAGAGGCUGCGGCUCUUCCUGCUCUGCCAGUACUCGCUGGGCUGCGGGCUGAGCUGCGGCCUGAGCUUCCUGCAGGAGGGCGCCCCCCACCGCACGCUCAACCUGCUGCUGAGCCUGGGGCUGGCUGCUCUGCUCGCCUCGGCCGCCAGGCGCCUCCGCCGCCACGUGUGCCGCCUGUACGAGCUGCACCGCGGCCAGCGCUCCUGCGGCGUCUGCCUGGGCCUGCUGGCCGGCGCGCGCGGCCUCCCCCGGCUGCUGGGCCGCGCCCUGGCCGUGACCUUUGCCGUGGGCGACGUGGCGGCCGUGGCCCUCAUCAACCGGGACUUCCUGACCACCUCGGAGGCCGUGCGCUUCUGGACACCGCUCACCAUCUGCUACACGCUGCUGGUCAUCCACAUGCAAGAGGAGCAGCGGCAGAACCGGGGCAUGCGGGGCCAGGUCCAGACGGUGCUGGUGCGCAUGGGUGGUCUCUUCGUGCUGCUGCUGACCGUGGGCCGCUGGCUGGACCUCCUGGGCCUCCUCAUCUCGCUGCUGGCUGAACUCUGGUGUCUCAUGGGCGUCCGCACGCUGCUUGACCUCUGCCACACGCAGGACUUCCCAUCCCAGAGGCAGUCAAGGUCAACUCCAAGCCAGGCUCAGCCCCCUGCACCCGCCCAGCCCCGGGAGACGGCGCCCUCCUGACCUGCAUCGGGAGAACCCGGAGUCUGACCUGCGAGGCUUCAACCUCAGACGCUGGAGACAGUGGUGGGGGCUCUCCCGGCCCCUGCUUCGGGCAGACACUGGGGACCCUUGACAAGGGGCACUCAGAGACCCUGGGGUGGGCAGGUGGGCACAGGCGGAGGGACUAGGAGCCCCGGCUGUCCCCUUUCCUGGCCUCCUCCCCUCUGCAAACAAUAAAGACGACGAUUCUCGCCA